CCCAUUUUUUUUGUUAAUUUUACCUUUUUUUCUUAAUUCAUUGAAAAAUUUUCGCCCCUAAUUUCUUUCGUCCAAAGUUCCGCUACAACCACAACCAAACCCUAACUCCGAUUCAAGUGAUCUGCUUCUUCCUCUUGGAUGAAUCACGCUUGAUGACUUUUGGGUGAAGACCAACCAAAUUUCAUUAUGCGCUUCAGAUUUUUCAAAUGCCUCCAAGAGUGGAGACCAAAAAGUAUAUCUCAUAACCGCUCGAAUCAAGUACAGAUUAUGCGGCCAACGAAGGCACUACACGAACACAUAGACCCUGUCAGUGUGUGAGGGAUGUUGGUCGGUGUGUGAUAAGCACACACAGCACUCUAUAGAAUGAGAGAAGAAACAAAAAAGUAGGGUUUAUGUGCCUCCAUCACCUAUAGGUUAUCUUGGGACAAUACUAACUGCUUUUUGAAUGAAUGCAGGCUAUAUAUCGCAUCUUUCCUGGCCAACUUGAUUAGAAAGUGAAGAAUAUUGCAACUAAGAAGUGUUUGCUUUAAAUUAGAGUAGCCACUGCAUACCCAUGUCACUGAAGAAGGAAAAUUGUUUAUCAUAUUAAUUGAAGAGAGGUUAUUUUGCAUGUGAACAGUAUCACAGAGUUUAGCUUUUACUUGUGUGACCAUACUUGGUAUAAACAUCAACAUCUAUUAUCAUCAUUAUUUGUGCGGAAACAUUCUAUAAAGGUGGUUGUAUAGAUACUUGCAUAUAGACGACUAUAAUUUAGCAUUUUUCGGAUGCAGCAAUGUGUUGAUAGUUAGAUUGUAUCUAUUCUCUAAGUUCUCCAAAUUCCAACCGUGUGAUUCACUGGGAAAAUGAAGAAUAUAACAAGGUAUUCUAAAUGAUAUAGAAGACGAAUCUUAUUCUGCAAUUAGGAUGUGCAAUAAGAAAUGAGAGUGUGAUGAGUUCACUUGAGCAAUGAUUUUAAAACUCUAAAUUGAUGACUCUUUUUAAGUUUUCCUGUAUGCAAUCUAGCACGCUGCAAGAAUGCAUCAAUUUCUUAAAAACUUUAAAUAUAUUCUGAAAUUUCUUUGAUUGUAAGUUCAAAUUUUAGAAGAAAUGAGCAUGUAGAAUAUUUAGCUUACCUUUACUUGAUUUUGAAUGCUAUAUUUUUACAAAAUGAUGAACCAUCAUCUGCAAUUAGUCAUAUUUGACAGUUUCAAAUUAUAGAAGACAUGAGUAUGGGUUGAUCUCUGAAUGCUAUAUUUAUAUUUAUGUUUCCGAACAAAGCAUCAUUUGCAAUAAGGCAUCGUUGACUAGUGAGUAGUGAUGUGCACAUACAAAGUAAACCAUCACGCUAAGAUAAAAAUACAUCGUGAUAAGAGAUGGUUAACAAGAACAAGGCAUUAAUACCAUCGAGAAAAUUGAAUAGAAGUUUUGGUAAAAGCUCGAAGAGCAUGAAAUAUAUGCUGAAAGAACAGAAUAUCUUAAUUAAAACAAGAUUUAAUAGGGUUCACUCUGAACGAUUGUGGUUGUUAGAUACCCAACAAGCAAACAUUAUAGCUGUAACAAUUGAUUCUUAAAGAGAGUAGACUUUUCAUUAGUCAAUCACUCUGUUUGAUACACAAUAUUAAUUUCAAUGCUGUUGUGCUAUAUAGUCUCUGAAUGUUGUAAGAGCCAAUUAUUUGGCUACUUUUGAGCGGAUUAAGCAAACUAAAUAUGCACACAUGAAGUGUGCAUUAUCUUUGAUCAUAACAUUAAAUGCCUCCUUUUAUAUGAUAAACAUAUACACCAUUCACUUCUAUUGAUAUACAAUCAUAUACACCAUUCACUUUUGUCAAGAUAUACAAUCAUAUACACCAUUCACUUUUGUCAAGAUAUACAAUCAUAUACACCAUUCACUUCCUCUUUUGUCAAUAUAUACAAUCAUAUACACCAUUCACUUCUAUUGAUUAUCUGCAGUAUACUUUUUAGUAAGAUUUUAUAGCCUCAGAAUCAAUAGGUAGGUAUAAGAUCUUUUGUUUUUACUUUUUCCAAUAUAUCAGAUACUUGUUUUUUAGUCUGAAGUUAGUUACCUAUAUCUUAUGCUCCUUUGAACUACAAUGCAAGGUCUAGAUACAGGGUACCUCCAAGAAAUAAGUAAUGAUCCUUGGAAUAGAUGUUAAUAAUUCUAAAAAUACAGGCAAACCAUGUUAUGCAUAUUACUAGUUUAAUGAUUUAACAUUUGAGUUUCUAAUCAUAUGCAUGUACCAAUUGGAAUAAGAUAUUUGACUUUUUAGAAGCAAAUAUUGUGCAACUAUGCUAUUAUAUAUAUUUUUUCUUGGUCUAAGUGGUUAAUCCUUUAAAUUACUUCUCAUAUUCCAAUGUCCCCUGUAACAACGUCGAUGAAUAUUUGGGUUAUUGAUAUUUAACAUAAUAAUACUUCACUUUUCAGUCUUGCACAUGUUUUGCAGUACUGUAAUUUACUGCUUGCAUCUGAUAGGAUAAUAAAUAUUUUAUCCCUGAUCGGUUUUAAUUCAACUCAGGAAAAAUUAUAGUUCAAGACAUAGGUUGCAGGUUUCAGCAAAAACACAAGGAUGAAGUUGUUGAUUAUCUAUAUUUAUAGCUAGUGUAAUGUAUAAAUGAAGUCUUUUUGAACAUGGUAACCUGGAACCGGUUGUAUUGGCCUCCCAAUUAGCAGAAAAUCACAACAAAUUUAGCCCCUUAGGCAAUUGAAGAAAAUAUUCACUUUGAUUUCUUCAUUUGGGUAAUUGUUUACUAAGAUGGUCUAAAUUUUUAUGAAGUCGAUCCAAGCUUCUUUUAUCAGGAAAUGUGCAAUUUAUAUUUCUGUGUACAUGCUUUUUGAUGAAAUGAGAGGGCUGUGUUGGCCUCUCAAACAUCAGCUUCAGGUUUUAUUAGUAUGUCGACAUUUUUAGUUGUUAUGCUGUAGGAGAAAGUAGCUGAAAUUGUCAGCAGAAGAACAUUUUUAGCAUUCUAAAUGCAAGUUUCCAAUCUGUUGUGGUUUGAGUUUUCCAUUUGUUACAAUUUACUAAGAUAGAAUUUAGAAAGAUUUACUUUUCCAUUUUUACUAUUUUACUAUUGUUAAACAUCUGAGAUUGCUGAAAUAUUAAACAGGUUCUCUCUUAAGAAGCUACCAUCAACUUUUAGUGCGACUUCGUACAAAAACUUUAUGUUAAGAAGGAAGCUGACUUUAACUUUUGUUUAUUUAUCAAGUGUUCAUGAAAGAACAUAAAGCUAAUCAUAGUUUAUAAACUACUAACAACUUUUAGGUUGUACUUUUAAGCAUCACAAAAAUACUUCAUAACCAACUACAGACAUCUCUUGAUGUCCCCCUUUUCACUAACAAACAAUGCCCAGGUUUCGGUGAAAUGCUAUGUAGUUGAGACUCAAUAUGAAAUGGUGGGGUUAAUCUCUGCUCUAAAAUUAAGCUUGUAUUUUUAGAUAAUUGUAUGGCAAUCUUACUCUUAUUUUUGCACACUUUCAAAACAAAUUAAGCAAAAAAAGCCAUGCAUAAUAGAGCCCAUAAUUUUUUUAUUAUUAGGUUUUAAAGGUUGACAAAUUCUGUACCAUCUCCUAACAUUCUGGUAGCUAUGACCUACAUUAAGUAUUCAAACCUCUCCUCUUUGACUUUGCAUAAAACAUUUUUUUAUAUCUCGUGUAUGGAUGCAUAGAUCAAUUACAUUACGUGGGGCCUAGAGGUAACUGUUAUUUGCAAAUAGAAAGUUUGUUCAAUACUCUUUUCUUUUUUUAUGGUAUGUACUUGUUCUUUUCUCUAAUAUAAAUGCCAGGCCAAGUAGAUCAAACCAACUUGCUCCCUCUCCCUCUCUCUUGAACUACUUUCUCUCUCUAACAUGUCUAAGUCCACCAAGAUACCUCUAGAGCUCCCUAUCUUGGACAUGUCCAAGCCCAUGACAUCCUCAUCUCUCUAUUCUCUCUCACAAGCAUGCAAAGAUUGGGGUUUUUUCCAUAUUACUGAACAUGGCAUCUCUAAAGACCUCUAUACUAAACUUUGUACUCUCUCUAACCAAGCAUUUUCUCUCUCCCCUGACAUCAAACUCAAGUUAGGACCCUCAUCUUCCAUCAACAGUUACACACCUCACUUCAUUGCAUCACCGUUUUUUGAAAGUCUACGUAUUUCCGGCCCAAACUUCUCCUCCUCUGCAAAGAUCACAACCGCUGUCCUCUUCGAAAACCCUAACAUUGAAUUUUGUGAAAUAUUGGCAGAAUAUGGACACAAGAUGAUGGAGUUAUCAAGGCGAAUCAUGACCAUUCUCUUAAACUGUUUAGGUGAUGGCUUUGAAACAAAAUAUCUCAGAUCUGAAUUUAGCAAAUGUCAUGGAUAUCUGCGCAUAAAUAGCUACACUCCACCAAGAGACAUAGAGUUAGAAGAGAAAGAAGGGCUUGGCAUGCACACUGACAUGAGUUGCAUAACAAUUGUAUACCAAGAUGAUGUUGGUGGACUUCAAGUGAAAUCAAAGGAAGGAAAAUGGAUGGACAUAAUUCCUGUCGGAGGCAGACUAGUAGUAAAUAUUGGAGAUUUGUUGCAGGCUUGGAGCAACGGGCGACUGAGAUCAUCUCAACAUAGAGUUGUGUUGAAAAAACCUGUUCAUCGCCUUUCUCUGGCUUUCUUUUGGUGUUUUGAGGAUGAGAAGAUAGUAUCGGCACCUCAAGAAUUAUUGGAAGAGGGGGAGGAAAGAAUCUAUAAACCAUUUUUAUGUUGUGAUUAUAUAAAGUUCAGAGAGAAUAGCGAGAGAGGGAGGUUUGAUAAGGUUGGAUAUACCGUUGAUGGGUUUGCUGCAAAUAUGUAAUUUUAUAAGAUAUUUAUUUUGUGUAAUUUAUAGUCAAUAAUAUACCGUGGCCUAUAAAAUGUUAGAAAGAGAAGUUGGAAGUUUGGAUUUUGUUGAAUCUUGGAGUAGUCGGAGAAAUCCAGAACGCUGUUUUUGAGCAAACCAGCGUUGGUUUAAUGCAAUUUGUAAUAUUUAAUUGA